GAUAUUUAUACUUUGACAGCUGUCAGCUGUAAUUAAAACAGAAAUAGAAAUUUCUUUAUAAUGAUGAAGUGAAAAUCAUUAAAAUUAAUUCAUUCAAUUUCCUACAUCAUCAUCAAUACUCGAAGAAAAAUGGCAACUCCAGACAGGCAAAAAGAUGUGGAAUUUUUAAAGAAUGAAAUUGAAAGACUAACAAGAGAAUUAGAUCAAGCAAGUAGCGAAAAAAUACAAUCUGCCCAAUACGGGUUGGUCCUUUUACAAGAGAAAAAUGAGUUGCAAGUAAGGUGUGAAGAUUUAGAGACUGCCUUUGAAAACACCAAACAUGAACUAUUGAUCACUCAGGAAGCAUUAGCAAAAUUCCAUUCUAGUCAUAAAGAAACAACUAAAUCGGGUAUAGAAACAGAAGAAUCCCUUUUAAGUGAAUCUGCUGCUCGGGAAACAUCACUCAAUUCCCAAAUUAUUGAGUUAGAAAGUGAAAUUAAACAGCUGCGUCAUGAAUUGGAUCGGGUUACUGUUGAAAGAGAUAGAAUGCUUCAAGAGAAUACUGAUAUGGGUAAGGAUAAGGAGGAUAGGGGGAUGGAAUGUAAAAAAUUAAGAAGCGAGUUGAGAGAAUCAAAACUGAGAGAAACAAGGUUGAACUUAGACUAUUCUGAACUGGAAGAGGAAAAUAUUAUGUUAUUGAAACAGAUAUCUUGCUUGAAAAGUUCACAGGUUGAAUUUGAAAGCUUGAAGUAUGAAAUUCGUACUUUACAUGAAGAAAUGGACCUGAUGCAUUUACAGCUAGAAGAAAUGACCAAUUUGAAGAAGAUUGCUGAAAAGCAUAUGGAAGAAGCUUUGGAAUCCUUACAAAGUGAAAGGGAAGCAAAAUAUGCGUUGAAGAAGGAACUUGAUGCUCACAUCCAUCGUGAAUCUUUUUACAAUAUCAACAAUUUGGCCUAUAGUAUAAAAGGCAUGGCAGAUGAUGCAGGUUUAUGUAGUGAUGGAGAGGAUGAAAUACCUGGGUUGAAAAAAAUUGAGGAUAGUCUUUCUAGAAAUUCUGGAGAUCUGAAUUCACCAGAUGAUAAGCAUGUAGAUUUGUUCUCUGAGGUUCAUUUGAAUGAGCUAAGAAAGUUGGAGAAACAGCUAGAUUCCUUGGAAAAGGAAAAAUUACAACUCACCCAAAAUCUUCGAGAUAACCAGAAUAUGGUAGAAAAAAGCCAAGGAGAAUUACAGGUGUUCAUGGCACGAUUAGUCCAACUUUCUGCUCAUGUGGAUUCCCUCCAGCAUCUGUCCAACAAGGUUGACAAAAAUGUUCAGACUCCAGCCGAUGACUAUAAGAAAGUUCUCGCUCAAUACGAGCAAUGGUUCAAAAUGUCCUGCAAAGAAAUUUUGCAGUUGAAGCAGGACAUCAAAGAAUUGGAAAAACUCUCUAAUGUCUCUGAUGCUACUUAUACUCUUCGUCAAGAAAUAACUAAUCUCAAAACGAAGGUUCUGGAUCUGGAACAGAAGAAUCUUGAUCUAGAUAGUGACUUAAAAUUACUGAGGGAAUUUGCAAGUUCCGCCGGAUCCUCCCUGGAAGAAACGCAGAAUAAUCUUCAGACAGUUACUGAAGAAUUGGCACAACUUUAUCAUCAUGUUUGUACUGUCAAUGGGCAAACUCCCACUCGUGUCGUUUUAGACCAUGAAAAAGAAGGGAUGACCCCAAUGGUGGAACAGGCGCCAUCUAUAGGAGAAAUAUCGAAACUUGAACACCUGAGGAACCACCUCAAAAGUGAUCUCCCUCUGCACGAUUUAGAAAACCUUAACGAUACUGCUACUUUGGCAAGAAAUGUUUGUACUGUAGUCGAUCAAAUCAAACAUCUGAAGAAUGCAAUUGAGAAUACUAUUGAGUUGUCCAAAACCAAGAGGGAGAAUUCCAAUGGCUCUUACGAAGGUAACAAGGGAGAGAAUAGCGAGGAGUUGGCCGAAUUACAAGAACAGGUCAUCAGGCUGAAAAGUUUGCUAUCCACGAAGCGUGAACAAAUUGCCACUCUCCGCACAGUGCUUAAAUCGAACAAGAACACCGCAGAAGUUGCUCUUACAAAUCUUAAAGGGAAAUAUGAGAAUGAAAAGAAUAUUGUAUCGGAGACGAUGAUGAAAUUGAGGAACGAGCUGAGACUGUUGAAAGAAGAUGCAGCCACAUUCUCAAGCUUGAGAGCUAUGUUUGCGGCACGGUGUGAAGAAUACGUGACACAAGUGGAUGAACUUCAACAACAGCUGAAAGCAGCCGAGGAAGAAAAGAAGACUUUGAAUCAGUUGCUCCGCUUGGCGGUCCAACAAAAGUUGAGCCUCACUCAAAGGUUGGAAGACCUGGAGGUUGACAGGGAGAUAAGAAAUGCCCGUAGACCAAACAACAGAAACUUCCAGAGGCCGGGAAGGUCCAAUAGAGACGUCUUUUAGCGGUCUUCUAGGUCGCCAAGACCGUUGGUGUAUGUUAUAGCAUUUAUUACGACAUUCUUCAACUUGUAAGUCAUUAUUUAUUACUUUUUUUCUACUGUGAACUUUUCUUUGUACAAUUUUAUGAGUGCGUCCAAUGCGAGAAGAAAUUAACAAGUGUGAUAUGAUGUAUGUGAGUAUUGAGGAUACUCAGACGGAUGAGAGAGGAUGUCUGUACUUUUCGCAAGAAUUUUCUAGGAAAUUUCCCCUAUAACGUAAUUGUCCAAUCAGUGAUAAAUAUUUUUUUUAAUUCCACAUUUAACGAAAAAGAGUCAAUUUUAAUAAGUAACUAAGGAAAGCAGAGACUGCAAAAUUAUGUUUAUAGUGUUGAUGGAUUGGUGUCAAAUCAUAAAUUGUUAGUGUUAUAAAAAAAUUACGAAAUUUUUCCACCUGGAGAAUUAUGAUUCAUGAAAAUGGUUACUCUGAUAAAUGUUAGCAAAUGAAAAAACCGCUCCAUGAAAUUUGGAAUUAUGGGCAAUAUUAUAAACAGAAAUUAUAUCUAUUGAAAAGUAUGUGUGGCUAGAAAAGAAGGCGACAAGAGAUUUUCAUAUGAUCGACAUUUAACUUUGAAAAAUAUAAUUGACGCUGGCGCCAUCUGAAACUUACUCUAAGGUUCUCUUGUUAUCAAGGGACUGUUGACACCAAGUUAAUCCUAAACAUUUAUUUUAAUCUUAAAUUUUUACUUAUAAAUGUGUAAAAACCAGAAAAUCCAACAUCUCCAAUCGAAAUAGCUGACUACUUUGAAACGUUUAAAAAAAUUUCCUCAAAUAGUCUAUGGCUAUUGUAAUGAUUAACUUCUAGUAUAACAUUUUGGGUUAUCUUUCAGAUUCGAUACCGAUUUACCAUGCAUCUGUUGAUUUUGUUUGUCAAUUCAUAUAAUUACGGAAUUGUUAUCAUAUUCUCAAUCUUCGAGCCAUUAUACUUAGACACAGAACAUAAAUCUCCAAAAUUUUGUGACUAGAUUUCUUCGUUAGAUUCGAUGGCAAGGGUUUUGUUAAAAAUUGAAAAGUUUGCUGUAGGAUAUUUUUCUAUGAAUCGCCAAUUCUUCAAAUUCAACUCAGAAUACAUUUCUCUCAAGAAUCUUCCAAAGGAAAAAAAUCAGUGACAAAUACAAGUUCUAAAAAAUGGUAUUGGUUGUUACCAAUGCCCUUUGCUUUCCUCUGACUAAAACUAAUGCAAAACUUUUUGACUUCAUUUUCAUACUGUUACAGUGAGCAAGUGUAAAAUUAAUUUAUUGCAGAGAAUUUAUUAAAUAAGUUUCCAUGAAAAUGAAAUAUUAAGUUUAUGAAGUUACUGUCCCACUUUUAAAAGUUCGAAACAUAUUUGCUCUGCAUGUGAAACUGAAAAAGAUUAUAAGGACUAAAUGUAUCUGUAUAGGCAUGUUAUAGCAUUUUUUGAGUUCAGUAACUAGUUAGUGAUCCAUUAAACCAAUGUUCAUUAAAUUAAUAUGAUAUUGACUAGUAUUAGAAUCAAUAUUUUCGAUAGUAAUUAUAUUAAUUUCCUCAAUUUACAUACAUUAAAGUGUUAUAUGUUGAACUAAUUUAUGAAUAAUUUAUUAUGAAAGGACUUAGAUUGGCUCCAAUCUAGAGAAAUUAGGAAAAAUUAUUAGUAUGAAAAUAUUUCUCUGGUUGUACUGAUCAGCUCCAAUGAUAAAAUUGAUCAACCAGAGUGUAUCUUUGGGGGUGGUGGAAAUUUAAUAUAUUAUAGAUGUUCAAAGGGUGCAAUAUGUACUUUAAUACAAAGAAAAUAAGAUCAAAAAUUCACUUGUUCGAUAUAGUCCUGAUAGUUGUCUCAAAAAACGCUUUUUUGUAAGCUUGUUCUGUGCAGUUCCUUCGACCGUAAUGCCAACAAUUCGAUGUGGAAAACGAAACUGCACAAAUCAGGUUUGUUAGUUUUAAGAAAAUUUCGGGUUGUGUCAAAAGUAACCGAGAAUAUGGUGAAACUGAAAAACUUAAUCCGUGGGUCAUUGUCCAUUAAAUAUGUUAAUUUUUGUCCUACUUCCGAGCCUAUCGACCACGGAAAACACCGUCCCUUUGUAAUUUAAAUCCAACCGUUUACUCAAUAAAUAUAAUGAAUUUAUUAAGUUCCAAUGUUUUAAGAUUUCAUGAACUAAUUUCAACAUUUACUGACCCAUUUCCGUUUCGACAGGAUUCCAUAUAAAACGCAAGAAACAUAUCGAUGCAUGUAAUUGAAAGGAUUAAUUUUUUUUUGUCCUCCGAAAAUGUACAAUUUCUCGAGUUCCAAUCAAGUAAACACAAAAAUAUUCAAUAUUUGGAUCUUGACAUAUUCAAAAUCCUUCCUACAGAUUGCUCAGGAAUAUUUCUCUAAUAUUUGGCCUCCGGAAUUCGGAGGUAUUCUAUUAAACUUAAUUUCUGAAGUAAUGAUGGAUAAAACAUUCCUUUAUAGCAAAAAAAAACAAACAACCAACAACUCUUGGACAAAAAGCUUCGAAAUACUUGUAAAAAUUCUAUGAUGCACAUGCAAAUGAGCAUCUACAAGGUUUUUCACUAAGUACUUUGUGCCGUCUUAUAAUACGAGAAGUCUUUACGUGUAUAGGCAGCUUUAGGAUUUUCUGUUAAUUGAGGAAAUUCAGUCUAACGUUGAAUUAAUUGUGGAAAAGAUGCCGGCAGUAAAUGUUGAAAUUCACAAUUUCAGGGUACUCAAUAGUUCAUGAAUGAAUUUUUUAUCAGUAAUUCAUCAUUUCAAAUCGUGAAAUCUCGUUGGAACCUUUAAAAAUAAAUAACGAAAUGCAUGCUCCAUUUAUAUUUGUAUCAUCUUGUAUUAGAAAUAAUAAUGUUAAUGUUUUUUAUUUAAUGAAAGAUUGUAGUUUUUAUUAUUAAUUUUUGAUGUUGUUAUUGAUUUCAAAUAAAUUGAUAUCUAGCUAAUGUUAAUCCUGUGUAAUAUUUUUAAUAUAACAUCAUUAUUUACGGCA